AUGUCUCUUUGUCUCUUCACUCUGAAAGUAAAUGUCUCUUUGUCUCUUUGUCUCUUCACUCUGAAGGUAAAUGUCUCUUUGUGUCUUCACUCUGAAAGUAAAUGUCUCUUUGUCUCUUUGUCUCUUCACUCUGAAGGUAAAUGUCUUUUCGUCACGGAGGUCCAGAUGAAACUGAUCAAAGACCUGAAGACCCGACUCAGUCGCUCAGUUCAGACCUCGGGUCUUCGUCCUCAGGUAGAGACACAACUGGACUUUUAGGACAAAAUGAACUUUGGGACAUCACAAACCCAACUCUGGUUCCUGGUUCUGAUCUCUGGUUCUGUUUUCUGGUUCUGGUCUUUUUCUUCAUCAGAGCUCGUGCCGAGCUCGGCUCUUUGACCUGGUGACCAGCUCGUGGUUCGCGGUCGUCAUGGUGACAGUGAUCUGCCUGAACAUGGUGGUUCUGAUGAUAGAGUCCUAUGAUCAGAGCAUGGAGAUGGAAGAAGUUCUGUACUGGUUCCACUUCUCCCUCUUCAUCAUCUUCUUCAUCGAGUUCAUCCUGAAGGUCGGCGCUCUCGGACGCCCUUACUUCACCUCCGGCUGGAACAUCCUGGACUUUGUGGUUCUCCUGAUGAGCUUCAUUGGUGGGUCGACCUUCAGUGACGUCAUGUGUGGUGUGUGUGUAUAUCAUGUGUGUAUUUUGGCGUUCUCAGGUGUGUGUGUAUGUUGUGUGUAUUUUGGCGUUCUCAGGUGUGUAUGUUGUGUGUAUUUUGGCGUUCUCAGGUGUGUGUAUGUUGUGUGUAUUUUGGCGUUCUCAGGUGUGUAUGUUGCGUGUAUUUUGGCGUUCUCAGGUGUGUGUAUGUUGUGUGUAUUUUGGCGUUCUCAGGUGUGUGUGUAUGUUGUGUGUAUUUUGUUCUGAGGUGUGUGUAUGUUGUGUGUAUUUUGGCGUUCUCAGGUGUGUAUGUUGUGUGUAUUGUGGCGUUCUCAGGUGUGUGUAUGUUGUGUGUAUUUUGGCGUUCUCAGGUGUGUGUAUGUUGUGUGUAUUUUGGCGUUCUCAGGUGUGUAUGUUGUGUGUAUUUUGGCGUUCUCAGGUGUGUGUAUGUUGCGUGUAUUUUGGCGUUCUCAGGUGUGUUUCUCUUCUCGUCUCCUCAGGUAUCUUCAUCGCUGACCUCGUUGAAAAAUACUUCGUGGCGCCCCAUGUGUUUCCUAUCUUCCGAUUGGCUCGUGUCGCCCAGGUCAUCCAUCUCCUUCCCUGGUGUGAUGGGAUCAGGAAACUGCUCUGGGCCUUUGUGAUGUCACUUCCUGCCGUCUGUAACAUCAGCGUGAUUUUCUGCGUUCUCACGUUCAGCUUUUCCAUCUUCGCCAUGUUUAAUUUCGCCCUCCUGAAAAAAAUGGCGAUAGUUGACGACAUGUAUAACUUUGAGACGUUUCGAAACAGUCUCACCUGCCUGAUUUUGACCAGCUACUCCUCUGAUUGGUUCGGUCUGCUCCUGCCCUUAUUGGCCACGCCCCCUGACUGUGACCCUUUCAUAGAGAGCCCCGGACUGAUGACCACAGGUGACUGUGGGAACCCAGGAAUGGGCGUGGCCUUCUUCACCACCUUCAUCAUCCUGUCUUCUCUGCUGCUGCUUUACUUGAACAUCGCCGUCAUUCUGGAGACCUUCGACUCUGAAGAACACCUGAGCGACCACGACCUGGACAUGUUUUACAACACCUGGAGGACGUUCGACCGCGACGCGUCACGAUCUAUACAGUACAGGUGAGUCCAGAUACAGGUGAGUCCAGAUACAGGACAGGUGAGUCCAGAUACAGGUGAGUCCAGAUACAGGACAGGUGAGUCCAGAUACAGGUGAGUCCAGAUACAGGUGAGUCCAGAUACAGGACAGGUGAGUCCAGAUACAGGUGAGUCCAGAUACAGGUGAGUCCAGAGACCUGACAGUACCUGAUGGACUCUGGUAUUUUGGACUCAUUUGGUUUUGUGAACUCGAGGACGUCUUUGGUGGUUUGUGGACUCAGACAGACUCUAAUAAAGUCCAGAGGACUGUUGUGGACGUCGAUGUUUCUCUGCUAGUUUGAAUAAUUCACUUUAACAUGUUUUUUCUGUCCUCUAACUGUCCUCUAACUGUCCUCUGAUUGUCCUCUUACUGUCCUCUGAUUGUCCUCUGACUGUCCUCUGACUGUCCUCUGACUGUCCUCUGACUGUCCUCUGACUGUCCUCUAACUGUCCUCUUACUGUCCUCUGACUGUCCUCUGACUGUCCUCUAACUGUCCUCUAACUGUCCUCUUACUGUCCUCUGAUUGUCCUCUGACUGUCCUCUAACUGUCCUCUGAUUGUCCUCUGACUGUCCUCUAACUGUCCUCUGAUUGUCCUCUGACUGUCCUCUAACUGUCCUCUAACUGUCCUCUUACUGUCCUCUGACUGUCCUCUGACUGUCCUCUUAUUGUCCUCCAACUCUUCUAUGGAUGUACUCUGAUUGUCCUCUAACUGUCCUCUUACUGUCCUCUGACUGUCCUCUUACUGUCCUCUGAUUGUCCUCUGACUGUCCUUCAGUGAGCUGUCGGAUUUCUGCAGUUCUUUGAAGGACCCUCUAAGGAUUCCCAAACCAAACUCCAUCAGACUGACCCACAUGGAUCUGCCUCUGCUGCCAGGAGACAAGAUCUGUUGUGAGGACAUCCUGGUGUCUCUGUCCUCACAGGUAACUCCACCUUAUCAGUAAAAAAACCACGUUAUUCAUAUUAAUAUUAAAUUAUUUUUAAUUAAUAUUCAAAAUGAUUCUCUUGUAUGAGUUCAACUUCUCUUUAUGUUGAUUAAAAGAAAAAUUCAUGAGACGUUACAAAUAUUCACAGAAGAACCUUCGUAAUACUUUGUCUUCUUCUACUACUACUACUACUACUUAUGAUAAUAAUAAUAAUAAUAAUAAUAAUAAUAAUAAUAAUAAUAAUAACAAUAACAAUAAUAAUGAACUCUGCAGGUGUUUGGAGAUUCAUCAGGUGAAGACUCUCUUAAAACCAGACUCAAUGAGAAGUUCACUGCCGACUCAGCAAAGGUUCAAACAUUUCUACUCUAUUCUAUUCUAUUCUAUUCUAUUCUAUUCUACUGUACUGGAGUUAUUUUUCUACUCUAUUCUGUUCAAUUCUAGUCUAUUCAUUAAAAAAUAAUUAAAGUUCCUUUAAAUCAGUCUUUAUUACUUUAUUUAAUUUACAGUCAGUAAACAGUCAGUAAACAGUCAGUCAGUAAGAAGUAAGUAAACAGUCAGUUAGUUAACAGUCAGUAAACAGUCAGUCAGUAAACAGUCAGUCAGUUAACAGUCAGUAAACAGUCAGUCAGUAAACAGUCAGUCAGUAAACAGUCAGUCAGUUAACAAUCAGUUGGUAAAAAAUUAGUAAACAGUCAGUAAAUAGUCAGUAAACAGUCAGUCAGUAAACAGUCAGUAAACAGUCAGUUAGUUAACAGUCAGUAAACAGUCAGUAAACAGUCAGUCAGUUAACAGUCAGUAAACAGUCAGUAAACAGUCAGUCAGUUAACAGUCAGUAAACAGUCAGUAAACAGUCAGUCAGUAAGAAGUAAGUAAACAGUCAGUUAGUUAACAGUCAGUAAACAGUCAGUCAGUAAACAGUCAGUAAACAGUCAGUAAGUAAACAGUCAGUAAACAGUCAGUUAGUUAACAGUCACUAAACAGUCAGUCGGUAAAUAGUGUGCAUACUCAGCAUCUUUACAUGAGGCUUUGGACGUCCAUUUAAGAAAGGUCAAAGGUCAAUGUAUGGUCGUCUUUACUGACCUUUGUAUAAAAACAGUCAAACAGAACCUGACAGGUGAUCAUGUGACCUGCAGGUGUCCUGUGAUCCAAUCAGCAGCACUCUUCAGAGGAAACAGGAAGAGGUGGCGGCCUCUGUGAUCCAGAGAGCCUUCCGGAAACGUCUCCAGAAACACGGAGACGGAGAGGGGACUGAAGGUUCUGUGGGCGGAGCUAAAGGUGGUUCGGGUGUUUGA